AAAAUUUAUUUUGUGGACAUCGACUUCAAUAGUUAUUGCGGGAAGAAUUGCAAAUUUGUUUUUAAUUAUUGAAAACAUAAUGUUAUCAUAAGUAAAAUAAAGUAAUAACAAGGAACUAAUAGAACCUGCGGCGUUGAUAAAAAUAUUUAGUCCACUCAAUUGUUUAUGAAACUUUUGGUAAUCUCUAAGCUGAUGCUAAGCUGUAGCCAUAUUUUUUUUAUAUAUUUCAAAAAAAAUUCACAAAGUAGUGUUAUUCAUUAUCAUCCGCUCUUAUAUGUAAAUGAUAAUAUCGGUGAUCACGAUAAUAGCGAUUUUAAAGAAUUCUUUACAACGGUUUCGAGGGCGUGGUUAUUCGGACACAUACCUUACUUCAAUAAGUCAGACCAAGGAAAUUAAAAUGAGCACCAAAUAUAUAGGAGAAAAAUCGGUAGUCAAUAACGCGUCAGAGGGUAUAACCAGCGAUGCAGUUUCCAACUGCAGCAUCAUCAAUUUUAAAGCGGAUGAUUCCCAAUGUAGCUACGAAAUCGCAACAAAAAAAGUAAACAUUGUGGUCAGUCCUGGUAAUCAUGACCAUGGUUCUUCAAAAGUCAAGCUUAAGAACAUUGUGGAUUACAAGUGGGAAUUGAAGAACUAUCCUGGUCAUUUAAUUGCCGUCCAUAUGGACGGAAAACAUAUUGCCUAUGUCAUAAAUGUUAAUAAUAAAGUAUCACGUGUGGAGGGUAUGGUUCGUGUUGUGAAAGCUCAGACGGUAUUACGAGCCCUUAUUAAGGGGAUGUCUGGCGAAGUUCUAGAUUUACAAUUUGCGCAUAUAGAAAGGGAACGUAUACUGGCUUCAAUUGAUAUGAACGCUCUUUAUAUUCAUAAAAUAGAUAUGGUGGAUGACAAUUUACAAUGCAGUUUGAUUGUCAAAAUUGAAGAUCCAUUAUUAAAUUAUUCCCCAAAAUAUGACAAAAUAUCAUGGUGUCCUUUUAUUGAUGUUCCCGGUGAAGAUGAUGAAGAUAGUCAAUUAAUUGUGUGGGCGAGAGGUUCGACGCUACAAUGUUUUAAUAUAAAUGUUAUUAUAACAGAAUACGGGAUGGGCGUUAUACAUCCAAAUGCUAUUUCGAUGGGUUAUCUAAAGGUCUACGAUGAAUUGAGUACCAUCAGCUGGGUUGCCCUAUCGCCUGAUGGAUCAACUUUAGGCGUUGGUAGUAUUGAUGGUGUUAUCCGUUUCUAUCAAGUUUAUAUGCACGACAAGGAACCUCGGUGUUUACAUCAGUGGAAUCCCCAUAAUGGAAAACCCAUUUCAUCUUUCUUUUUCUUGGACAAUUUAACUGGAAAUGUUUCCGAAACCUAUUGGAAAUAUGCAAUCACAGGUGCUGCUAAUAAUACAGAAUUCAAAGUAUGGGAUUGCAGUACUUGGGAGUGUUUACAAUCCCUUAACUUUACCACGGCAUCUGAAGAAACGAAGCUACCGCGCUUUAUUGCCGAGAUUGAUCGAACAUCUUCAUACUUGGUUAUAUCCAGUCUGGAUACACGAACUUGCUAUAUAAUGCAAAUUGUAAAUAACAGUAAUAUAUCAUUAGCAAAAGAAUCUGAUAAUGAGAGUAACAACAAUUUGGCAAAUAUCAGCAUUAGUAGCAGUAGUAGUGUUGGUAGCUCCAAAUCUCAAAGUAAACAUUUACGUCAUCUUGUAUAUAUAAAGAGCAUAUCCGAGUUUCCACUGAGCUCUGGAAUUCUAUCAUUUUCAAUAGUCGAUGCGGCUGUAAGACGGUAUAAAUGUGGAAAUGAUAACUAUAUGUGCGAGGAAUUUGAUGACUACGAUGAAGAAACUAAUUCCACAUAUUGCGUAGUAGUGCGAAUGUUUAUCGUGCAAUCGAAGAGCAUGCAGGAGUGUCGUAUAUUAUAUCAGCCAUCUGUUACUGAAAAUACAGAAGUGCGUAGCACCUUAUCCGAUGAGAGUGAUGGCAUAAGCGCUUCCCAAGAUUCAUCUCUCUUAGAUAGUGUAGUAAGUUGUAUUAAUAGUGGUGGUGGAGAUGUUAACGAUGGUUCAAUCGGAUAUUCAAAUAGUACGAAUUCAAAUAAUAUACAACAUACACACAUAAAAACAGAACAACUAGAUGAAGAGGUUGUAAAACAGAAAAACUGUAAUGACACCAAUUCUUUGGAAUCAAUACUCGGUAUUGGUACAGUUCCAUCAAUUAACGUUACAACAAAUGCUCAAGCAUCUAUGCCUUCUUCAGUUGGUGCUGUGACAGCAGCAACUUCUGUAAUAUCAGCUGCGAUAACGGACGACUUAAAUGAUAAUCGGUCUUGUUCUGCGUCCCCCCAAUCAAGCAAUAAAGGUUUUACCCAAGUUAAUCUCAUGACACCGGAAGCGUUUAGUACUAAUUUGAAUGAUAAAAAAACGCCCGACUGUGUUAGUUCAGAAGUGUUGAACACGAUUCUAAUGUUAGCUAGUGUAGCGGGACAAACACCAGCUCCCAAAACAGAGAGCAUAAAUAUUUUGAACUUGGUAAAUAACAAAAUUAUCGAAGACCAAGAACAUCAAAAAUUGCAAUUAAAACAAAGUUUAGAUCCUCAGAAGAAGUUUAUAGUAAUCAGUCACAAUUCCGCACGAAAUGCUGACAAUGUAGCCAGCGGUGGUUCUAGUCCCAGCCGAGAGGUCCAAGAAAUUAUGUCGUUACAAGAAAAUGAAAGUGGCGAUGACGAAUUGCUAGAAGAUACCGAUAAUACAACAAAGGUGGAUAAUCAAGCAGGAACUGCCGGAAUGGAUAAAACAGAAUUAAUUGCCCCUAAAUGUCAUUCAACGACCAGCAUACCGAACUGGCCUAAAGUAGCUGAUACACAUAAGACUACUCCGAAACAUUCAACUGAGCUGCAAAAUGCGGCAAGUUUAAUUUCGCAGGCAGUGAAUGCUUCAUCAAAUAUACUCACUAAUAAUCUUGUAGCUCCUACUCUUAUUAGUACUAACAGCGGUGGUAACAAUUUUGAAAAUAAAGUGGUUGAAAGCAAUACAGACCUAAAGGAGUUAAAUGGAAAAAUGAAUCAAUUAAUUGAACUUGUUAAGAUCCAGUCAAUGCAAAUAAAUCACUUACAAGCCGAAGUGGCUAGUAUGAGGAAGGCAAAUCCAAUGACAUCCACAAAGAGUAUGUCUGAAUUUUCAUUUAAACUUGAAAUGCAGCUAUCUAAACUUAUGGAACAAUAUCUAAAGCGUUACGAAAAUGAGCACACAAAAAAGUUAUCUGCUUUUAUGGCCGGACGAGAUCAACAAAAUAGAGAGUUGCGUGAUAGUUUAAUUCAAAUUAUGAAUCAAUAUAUUUUGACACAUUUUGGCGAAGUUAUAUCAAAAGUGAUGAAUAUGGAAAUUCAACGUCAGUUAGCACCAAUGUUAUCUGCAAAAAUUGAUCAUUUGCAACAACAAUUACAAGUAGAUGUCAACCAGAAGCUAUCAACAUUUGAUUUAAUGCUGAAUGAAAAUAUUUCGCAAAUUUGUAAAAGCAAAAAUAUAAUUGAUACUAUUGGUAAAUCCAUUUUGGUGGGUGUUCAAGGUAGUUUACAAGCUGCAUUUAUUGAAUCUAUGUCUAGUUCGUUAAUACCCGCUUAUGAAAAGUCAUCUCAAAAUAUGUUCAAGCAACUGCACGAUGCGUUUUCUGUUGGAAUAAAAGACUUAAUGGAACAGUUUGAUAAUUAUCUGCAACACUUGCAACCCAUGCAAGACUCUACAGAAGAGGUGCUUAAUAAAUUUUCUGGCUUUCGUCAGCACUUGGAUUCCAUAUUACUUAAGCAUCGCAAUACUGUGGCAGAAGCCAUGCUUGAAACACGAAAGGAUGUGAAAGGACUAGAAAUUAUUUUGUCACGGCAAAUACAUGAGACUAUUCGUUCUGAGAUAAAAAGAUGUUUUGAUAGUCAAACAUCUACAUUACGUUCUCAAACUAAUACACCAGCUCCCAUGUAUGAUACGAAAGACACUAUAAAAUUAUUGUUGCAUCAAGGACAAUUUAAUAAAGCGUUUCAUCAAGCCUUGCUUGCAAAUGAUUUGAAUUUGGUAGAGUAUACUCUAAAAAACGCCGACCAUACCGCUGUCUUUACACCUGAUUGUUGCUUGGAACAGAAAGUUCUAUUAUCGCUUAUUCAACAGAUAUCAGCAGACAUGAGUAAUCACAAUGAAUUGAAGCAAAAUUAUUUAGCCGACGCUUUGCUUGCAAUUAAUCCAAUGGAUUCAAUUACGCGCGAACAUGCACCAAAAGUAUUGCAAGAAUUAUUCCGCAAUUGCCAAAUAUUCUUGGUUAACAGUCCUAAGAAUCAGCAGUGCAGCAACGUGCGUAUGCUAAUGAAAGCCGUUCAAACAUAUAUGGAUCAAUUUUAAUCCAUGAAUUUUGACCCACUUCAUAAGCUGAAAUAACAUCACCGGAAAUUUUUGUAUUCUGACUAAAUACAUUCAAAAAUACUUACUUAUAUUUCAAUCAAUGUGUCAUCAGUCAAAUCUAAAAUUCCUCAAAUGAGAAUAUAAUAGAUUGAUAGACGACCAGGGAAUUUUUGAAAUUGUUGAAAAAUACAAAUAAAUUAAAAUUGUUUCUUAAAGUGACGUAUUUUUGUAAAUUUUAUAGCAUUCUUAUCCUUUAGUUAUAAGUAAUAAGUAGAAUAUAUAUGUAUUUGUUUAUUUUUAUACACUUUUUUUGAAACUGUAUUUUCAUUUUUAUUACAAUUGUGAAGUAUAGAUACAUUCAUUUAGGAUUUUUUGGGUGAUUCCAAGUUUUUUUUUAAAUAUAAUACCUUUAGACUUUAUCA